AUGCAGUGGCUAGCCCUUCCUCUGGUACUAAUUGCUCCUUAUCUUCGCUCUUCUUUGUUCUCGCCCUCGCCCUGCGCGAACCUCGCCAUUCUCCUCCCAGACAAAGUCUUUUUCCCAGAUAGCGAGACCUACGCGGCGUCACAGCGCUCGUACUUCGCUCUCCAAGAGCAACAGCUCGCUCCCGCCUGUAUAGUCAUUCCCUCUUCAGUCGAGGAUGUAUCUGUUGCCGUGAAAACGUUAGCCGACCUCCCAGACUCAACCUUUGCCAUCCGAUCCGGCGGGCAUUCAUCGGUCCCGGGCGCUGCGAACGCCCACACCGGCGUUACAAUCGAUCUGCACCGCUUGAAUGACAUCCACAUGAACGGUGACGUGGUUUCCAUCGGUUCCGGCGCCCUGUGGACCGAUGUGUAUGAUGUUCUAGUUCCUCGAGGCCUCGCUGUCGUGGGCGGACGAACCGGAAAUGUCGGCGUCGGCGGCCUACUCACCGGUGGCGGCCUCUCGGCGUUUUCGCCCCAUCGUGGCUUCGCUUGUGACAACGUCGUGGAGAUGCAAGUUGUCCUGGCUUCGGGCGCCAUCAUCACCUCCAACACCACACAUCACCCCGACCUCUUCGCUGCCCUCAAGGGCGGGCAGAACAACUUCGGCGUCAUCACGCGCUUUGACCUAGCCACUUUCCCCCAGGCCGAUCUCUGGGCCGGAGCGAUUGUGUAUCCCGCGUCGGUGGAUGCGGCUCAACUCGACGCGUUCCGGCUGUUCAAGAAUGCUUCGGCGCAGGCGUUUGAUCCGCAUGCGCAGGUGGAACUGAGCUUUCUGUUUGAGUCCCGAGAAGAUUCCCUGGCUGCGUAUACUUCCAACAACAUGUUUUAUACCAAGCCUGUUGUGGAUGCGGCCGCGCUGAGGGUGUUUAGUGACAUCCAGCCCCAAAUGUUUUCCUCAAUGCGCGUGUCGAAUUUGUCCGAUUUUGCGAGGGAGUUGGCAAAUUCUCAGCCUGUCGGUCAAUUCUCAAUCUACGCAACCACAACAGUCCGCCUUUCCUACACCAUCCUUCCCAGAAUUUACGAAAUUUGGAAGAACUUCACCCGGAACAGAAUGUCCAGCAUCCCUUACCUCUUGUCCGCUCUCACAAUUCAAGCCCUCCCUCCGAUAAUCCCAACCUCCCCAAACGUCCUCGGUUUCGCACCGGGUACGCACCCAGAGACCGACUUCGUCCUACUCCUCGUAUCCAACUACUGGUCCGACCCGGCAUACUCGGCGACGAUGUCAAGCCACACACGAGCUCUAAUCGAGGAGAUUGAUGCCGCCGCUCAGAGCGAGGGCGUUUCGGAGCGGUUUCGGUAUAUGAAUUAUGCUGAUCAGUGGCAGGGGGUGCUUGAGUCGUAUGGACGUGAGAGCGUGCACGAGCUAUGGCGGGUUUCGAGGAAGUAUGACCCACAAGGAGUAUUCCAGAAGAAGGUCCCUGGGGGGUUUAAGUUGCCGAAGGCUCCGUGAGAGAUAGAUGAGACAGAACAGUUUAAGUUUGAUGGGAGGGUCCUUGCAUGCUACUAGUGAAUGAAAUGGAGAUUGACAGGAGCACCUUGGGAUUGGCUAGCCGGAAGUAAGUAGG